AUGCUCAUGCAUUCCUCCGUCUCUUCCUCCGCUUCCUCCUUCAACUGCUCCUCAGCGGAGAGCGAUGAGGUCUUCAGCGAAGGAGAGGACACUGCCAGCAAGAGGAGCACCAUGAGGAGGUGUCGCUCCUGGAGGACCUUCCUGACCAUGAUGCAGUGGUCAGUGCGUCGGCAGAGUUCAUGGGUCCAGCUAGCAGGACAUCAAGGUAACUUCCAGCUGAGUGAGGGGGGCGAGGUGCUGAAGCGUUUCAGUGAGGUGGAGGCUGUGUGUCUGCAGGCCCUCAUGGCUGACCCCCUGCGUCCGUUUGUACCGCAGUACCAUGGCUCGGUCAACAGGGGGGGUAACAGUUACAUCCGCCUGGAGGACUUACUGAGUGGCCUGAAGAACCCUGUCAUCAUGGACUGCAAGAUGGGCGUGAGGACAUAUCAGGAGGAGGAAUUAACCAAAUCACACACCAAGCCCACCCUGCGGACUGAUAUGUACCAGAAGAUGGUAAAAGUUGAUCCGACGGCUCUCACUGUGGAGGAACACGAGCAGCGAGGCGUGACGAAGUGGCGCUACCUGCAGUGGAGGGAUAACACCAGCUCCACCUCCACACUAGGCUUCAGGAUUGAGGGCAUCAUGAUGGAGAACGGCAGCGUACAGCGGGACUUUAAGAUGCUCACCCCAGCCAAGGUCACUGAGGCCCUCCUCUCUUUCACCAAGAGUCAUCUACACAUCCUGAAGGCCUACCAUUCCAGACUCCAGGCUCUGGAUGAAGCCCUGAAGGAAUCCCCAUUUUUCAAAGCCCAUGAGGUGAUUGGCAGCUCGCUCCUCUUCGUCCACGACUGGACCAGUAAGGCCAGCAUCUGGAUGAUAGACUUUGGGAAGACCACCCCGUCGCCCAGCACUGUGCAGCUGAGCCACGACGUCCCGUGGGCCGAGGGGAAUCGGGAGGAUGGGUACCUGAUCGGGCUGGCCGCCCUCACCUCCCUCGUGGGUCAGGCCAUCAGCCAGGCAGCCUGCAGACAGGAGGAGAAGCAUGGAGAGGAGACGGACAGUGUCACACACACCCUGCAGGAACAGGAACACACACAGACUAAAAGUCAGGGUGGUCAGGGCGAGGCAGCACAGAAUGAAGGUACUUCUGAUUGA